AUGUCGUGCGGUGUUCCACAGGGGUCUGUUCUUGGACCCCUCUUGUGGAACAUAGGGUACGACUGGGCCCUUCGCGCCGAUUUCCCCCCCGGGCUGGGUGUAAUCUGUUACGCAGACGAUACCCUCGUGACAGCCCGGGGGGCAAACUUCCAAGAGGCGGCGCGCCUGGCCACAGGGGGAGUCUCCCUGGUGGUCGGGCGCAUUGAGGCGCUGGGCUUACGGGUGGCCCUAGAUAAGACGGAGGCCCUGUUAUUUCAUGGGCCCCGUCGUGGUCCACCCCCUGGCGCCUCCAUCGUGGUCAACUCGGUCCUCGUACCGGUUCGGGCCCAGAUGAAAUAUCUGGGCCUGAUCCUCGACGGGAGGUGGCUCUUCGACGAGCACUUCCGACAGCUUGCUCCAAAGCUGGUCGGCGCUGCGUCUGCCCUAGGGCGACUCUUGCCCAAUAUGGGUGGGCCCCAGCGUCGCGACAAGACGGCUGUACACGGGGGUUGUCCGGUCAAUGGCGCUGUACGGUGCACCGGUGUGGGCGGCGGCUCUGACCGCCCAGAAUAG